AUGAGCGAUCUCUCUAGCCUCAUUGAUCAUGUCAGGGGUGGACAAUCGAGAAGAACUUUAUUUGAAUUCCUAGUUGGUGGAAGAAGUCUACCACACUUUUAUCCACUUUUUAAGAAGUUGGAGUCUUCCCUCGAAGCACAAAAGAAGCAGCAUCAGGACAUUAACACUAUUUCGGUUGAUGUGGUCCUCCUUUCAUCCGUCUGUUGGAUGCACUCAUCUGCCAUCGGUUUUGCUAGUGUAACUUUAGACGACGAGCGAUACAAGAGGUUACCAGAAACCUGGGGUACUUUUAUAUCGCCUACUCUUCCUUUCUACGAGUGUGAUCUUCGUUAUUCUGUGAGAGUAGGCUAUCAAAUUGUUAAAGGAAUCUUUCGUUGA